AUGCUGCCAUCCACAUCCACAGAGGUCCUCCGGCGAUGGCGUGUAUCUUGCCUUAGCAGAUGCAGCAUGGGCUGCAACAACAGCGCCAACGUGCCAUGCAAAAUUGAUGGUUGCGUUGGCUGUUAGGGGCUUAAGUGGCUGCUUUAUGGGCCACCACGGAACAGGACAUCCAGGGAUGUCCUGUUGGCAGCAGCGAUUUUAAUACCGGAAAUCAAUCUCUUGGCUCCUCAAUCAAUUGAUUAA